AAACACCACAGAAUUAUUAUACACCACAAAGAACAACAAAAACUAAACACCAAACUUGGUACACAGUAGCAACAAAAAUAAUGAUCUCUUCGUGGAGACGGCGGAGAUCGGCGGGACGCCUAGCCGGCAAGGAGAAGCUCCCCCUUGAUGGCGGUGCGGGCGAUAUCGAGUUGACGAUACCAAGCCAUUUCCGGUGCCCGAUAUCUCUGGACUUGAUGAAAGAUCCGGUCACUUUAACCACCGGAAUCACCUACGAUCGCCAGAGCAUCGAGACGUGGAUCGAAUCCGGCAACGUCACCUGCCCGAUUACCAACCAAGUACUGAGAAGCCUCGAGCCUAUACCCAAUCACACUAUUCGGAAGAUGAUCCAAGACUGGUGCGUCCAGAACAAGUCCUACGGAAUUGAGAGGAUUCCGACGCCUCGAAUUCCGAUAAGCUCCGACGAGGUAUCGGAGAUUCUCUUCAAGAUUACCGAGGCCGCCGAGCGGAGAGACCGCGAGAAGUGCAAGGAAUUGGUGAUGAAACUCAAGGAUUCAAUGAAAGAGAGCGAGGGGAACAAGAGGCGCAUUAUGAGCAACGGCGCCGGGAAGGCCUUGGCGGCCGCAUUUGAGGCCUUAUCCUCGUCGGAGAAGGCGGUUUUCGACGAAAACCGAAUGGGAAUAUUGGAGGAAUUGUUAUCCGCUUUGACGUUGUUUUUUCCUUUGGAUGAAGAGGCAAAGUGCGUUUUAGGGUUGGAAUCUUCUUUACAUUGCAUGGUGAGGCUUAUGGAGGCGGGGGAUUUAUCACGAAGAAGAAACUCUGUGUUGGUAAUAAAACAAAUCGUGUCGUCGAAUCCGAGGAAAAUCGCAGCCAUGGCGGAGAUUGAAGGAGCCAUGGAAGCUCUCGUAAAGCUUAUAAAGGAACCCAUUUGCCCUACUCCAACAAAAGCUUCGUUAAUGGUGAUGUACCACAUGGUUUCUUCCUCUUUCUCAAACGACAAGAUUAGAGAAAGAUUUGUGGAAAUGGGUUUGGUCCCUUCGCUCCUAGAAAUGAUUGUGGGCUCGGAGAGAAGUGUUUGUGACAAGGCCUUGGGAGUUCUAGACGGGAUUUGUAGCUGCAAAAAGGGGAGAGAAGAGGCCUAUGGCAACGCCUUGACUAUGCCGGUUUUGGUGAAGAAGAUACUCCGAGUAUCCGACUCGGCUACUGAGUUCUCGGUGUCGAUAAUAUGGAAGCUUUGCAAGAGUCGUGAGGAUGAGGGAGAUGACAAUGAAGAGAGGAUCAUUAGGGCUGUUGUUGAGGCUCUUCAAGUUGGUGCUUUUCAAAAGCUCUUGUUGGUAUUGCAAGUUGGGUGUGGGGAGAGGCUAAAAGAGGAGACUAGUGAUUUGUUGAAGGUCUUGAAUCUUCAUAGAAGAAGGGUUGAGUGUAUUGAUUCAAUGGAUUUUAAGGAUCUCAAGAGGCCCUUUUGAUUUGAAUUUUAGAAAGUUAUGCAUGUAGUUAGCUUAAUUUGAUCACAAAGGGAAUAAGGGGUGAUCAUUUUUUGUUUUUCACGUUGAUCUUAAUUUGUACAAAAUACAUGUUACACGUAUACUUUGGUACAUGAAAAUGAGUUAUACAAACAAUAUUCUGCAAA